GGGGAGCGGCGGUUAGCGAGGAGCGCUGACGCGCGCGCCUUGUGGGGGCGGCCGUUGCCUCUCCUCCCCCUCCCUCUACUGCUCGGGAGGGCGAGCGCCGGCUUCUUGCCUCUGAGGCGAAGCUGAAGCCGGAGGCUCCUUCUCCUGCCGACCGCCCCCCCCGCUUCCCCUUCGCUCGGGGCGUUGGGUUUUGAGCGGGCAGACACCUCAGCGCAGCGCCAGGCUGCCGCCCUCUCGGCCAGGGGUCGCUCCUUUCCCUGAGGGAGGGCGCCAGGCGGUUCCUCUUGCUUCGCUCCGUUGGCGCCGUCGGACGUGAGGGGCGCCCUCUUCUUCUUCCUCCUCCUCGGGAGCUUUUCGCCGACAUCGAAGGAGGUUCGGCCACAUGUGGACAGCGCCAGCCCUCCUCCCGCUUCCCUUUCUUUCCCUCCUCCUCCUCUCUCCUCUGCAACCAUUAUUACACCUGUGAAUGGAGGGAAGGAGCGAAGCCGUCGCCUGAAGCUGAGGAGGAGGAGGCGGCCUUGACAGUCACACACACACACACUCGGGUUAUCUUUUUGUGUGUUUUUGCCCUCCGACCCUUUUCUCAUCGGCGGAGGAGCAGAGGGGCAGUCGGCGAGCUCCUCGUGGCCAGCCGCGGCAAUGUGAGGCAGCCCUCCUGCGCGCGCGCCCUUGUGGAGUCUCGCUCCUGCGCGCCGCUCCGGCAGAUGCGCCGGGGAAAAGGGCUGGUUCGAGGCGCCCCCCCAUCCCCACCGAUUUAUUUGCAUCGCUGCCUCCGCGGCUGUUAGUGGCGGCGCCGGCAGGACCCCCCCCCCGCUUUUUCCCCUUCGCACGCCGCCUCGGUCCUAAAGGAUUGACUGGAUGAAGAGCUUGCCUUUUGGGUGGUUGCCUUGGGGGACUGGCAAGCGGAGAGACUUCAGCUGACAAGGUUCACAACUUAUUUCUACUCGAUAUUAGGAGCAAAAAAUGAUGGAAUCUCUGGUUCAGUGUUUGGAGAUGACAACCAAAAGGAAAAUUAUUGGUCGCCUGGUGCCAUGCCGAUGUUUUCGAGGGGAAGAAGAAAUUAUCUCAGUGCUCGAUUACUCCCACUGCAGCCUUCAGCAGGUGCCAAAGGAAGUUUUUAACUUUGAACGGACAUUGGAGGAGCUUUAUCUAGAUGCCAAUCAAAUUGAAGAGCUACCUAAGCAAUUAUUCAACUGUCAAGCUCUGCGUAAACUGAGUAUCCCAGACAAUGACCUUUCAAGCCUGCCAACCAGCAUUGCCAGUUUAGUGAAUCUCAAAGAACUUGACAUCAGUAAAAAUGGGAUCCAAGAUUUCCCAGAAAAUAUAAAGUGCUGUAAGUGUUUAACAAUAAUUGAAGCCAGUGUCAAUCCUAUUUCUAAGCUCCCAGAUGGCUUUACACAGCUUUUAAACCUGACCCAGCUCUACCUAAAUGAUGCCUUUCUGGAAUUUCUUCCAGCUAACUUUGGAAGACUUGUUAAAUUACGAAUAUUGGAAUUACGAGAGAAUCACUUGAAAACUCUACCAAAGUCAAUGCACAAACUGACACAGCUAGAGAGGCUUGACAUAGGCAAUAAUGAAUUUUCUGAGUUGCCUGAGGUUCUGGAACAAGUUCAAAAUCUAAAGGAAUUAUGGAUGGACAAUAAUUCACUUCAAACACUGCCUGGGCCUAUAGGAAGGUUAAAGCAGCUGGUGUACUUGGAUAUGUCAAAAAAUAGGAUAGAAAGUAUAGAUAUGGACAUAUCAGGAUGUGAAGCCCUGGAAGAUCUACUGUUGUCAUCCAACAUGCUACAACAACUGCCAGAUUCUAUAGGGCUCUUGAAAAGGCUUACAACUCUAAAAGUAGAUGACAAUCAACUCACAAUUCUCCCCAAUGCCAUUGGAAAUUUAUCUUUAUUAGAGGAAUUCGACUGCAGCUGUAAUGAACUAGAGUCUCUACCUCCCACCAUUGGCUACUUGCACAGUCUGCGGACACUAGCUGUAGAUGAAAAUUUCCUGCCUGAACUGCCUAGAGAAAUUGGAAGUUGUAAGAAUGUAACAGUUAUGUCUCUGCGCUCUAACAAACUGGAAUUUCUUCCUGAUGAGAUUGGACAAAUGCAGAAACUCAGAGUCUUAAACUUGAGUGACAACAGAUUGAAAAAUUUGCCUAUCACUUUUACAAAACUUAAAGAACUUGCAGCUUUGUGGCUUUCAGACAACCAGUCCAAGGCCCUUAUCCCUCUUCAAACUGAGGCACAUCCAGAAACAAAGCAAAGAGUGCUGACCAACUACAUGUUUCCUCAGCAACCUCGUGGUGAUGAAGAUUUCCAGUCUGACAGCGAUAGUUUUAAUCCUACUCUAUGGGAGGAGCAAAGACAGCAACGUAUGACUGUUGCCUUUGAAUUCGAAGAAAAAAAAGAAGAGGAGGAAAAUGCAGGAAAAGUUAAGGAAUAUUGCACUUUGGAAGGUUUUUAUCCCCAGCGGCAUGCUACUUCUGAGGUUGAAAUAAACUUAAAGCGCUAUCCAACUCCAUACCCAGAAGAUUUAAAGAAUAUGGUGAAAUCUGUUCAAAAUCUGGUGGGUAAACCUAGCCAUGGAAUGAGGCCUGAGAAUGCAACACCAACCGUCAGUGCAGAACAAGCUGUGAAAGACAAAUAUGAGCACAAGUGGCCAAUGACAGCAAAGGAUAUAUCCGUGGAGGACCCAUAUGUACAUGCUGUGAAUGAUAUGAGGAUAGGGGAACUUCGUCCCUCCAUGACUGAAGCACCAUUGUACCAACCUAAACUUGUCCUAUUGGGUAAAGAGAAAAAAGAAUCAACAGAUGAAUCUGAAGCAGAUAAAGUUCACUGCAUGAAUAACAGUGUUUCUUCAGGCACCUAUUCAGACUAUUCACCUUCACAGGCAUCUUCAGGGUCUUCUAACGCUCGUGUUAAAAUGGGGUCCUUGCAGACUACAGCUAAAGAUGCAGUGAAUAAUUCUUUGUGGGGUAACAGGCUUGUCCAAUCUUUUCCUCAACCUCUUGAAACAAAGCCAUUGCUCAGUCAACGGGAGUCUGCUCCAGCAGGAAACUUACAACAACAUAACGAGAGGCGUCCAAUGAGCGACACCUUUGCUGACAGCUGGAAUGAUGGCUCUCACUAUGAUAACACGGGAUUUGUAGCAGAAGAGAGCACGGUCGAGAAUCCAAGCGCUAACCCCCUCUUAAGCUCUAAAUCGAGAAGCACAUCUGCUCACGGACGCAGGCCUUUAAUUAGGCAAGACAGGAUAGUUGGUAUCCCCCUAGAACUUGAACAGCCUACUCUCAGAAAUACACCUGAAUCAGAAGUGCCUCCCUCAAACCCUUGGCAGAACUGGACAAGAACCCCUAGCCCUUUUGAAGAUAGGACAGCCUUUCCUUCUAAGCUGGAGAGCACCCCUACCACCAGCCCUUUACCUGAAAGGAAGGAUCUUGUUAAAGAUUCCGCGGAAAUAGCUAGCACUUUUUCUCCAGGAACAGCGUGGGAGUAUCAUGAGUCAAACGCUAACAGAAGUCUUGGUAAUGUGUUUUCGCAUAUUCACUGUCGCCCGGAUCCUUCUAAAAACGUCAUUUCUAUCAGCAAGAGCACAGAGAGGCUUUCACCAAUGAUGAGGGACUUGAAAACGAAUAGGUUUAAGAAGUCACAAAGUAUAGAUGAGAUAGACAUUGGCGCAUAUAAAGUUUAUAAUAUACCGCUAGAGAACUAUGCAGCUACUACUGACAAUGCCGGUAUGCAUGAGAGGCCAGAUAAAAUGAUGGGUCCAGAACAUGGAAUGUCUAGCAUGUCCCGUAGCCAGUCUGUGCCAAUGCUUGAUGAUGAGUUGCUGACCUAUGGAAGUGUUAAGGUGCAGCAGCAGCAAAAGCCUUCUGUAACUAAAAAAGUGUACCAGUUUGACCAAAGUUUUAAUCCUCAAGGAUCAGUGGAAGUGAAAGCAGAUAAGAGGAUUCCGCCACCUUUUCAACACACUCCAGAGUACAUUCCCCAGCAGACUAAAACUGUCUCAAAGGAUUUGGUUAGCCCAAGAGCCUACCGAGGGUAUCCACCCAUGGAGCACAUGUUUUCAUUCUCCCAGCCUUCUGUUAAUGAGGAGACUGUCAACACUCAGUACUCAAGUCAGGGAUCAAGGGCUGGGUUUUUGAGAAGAGCAGAUUCAUUGGCCAGUUCCACAGAUAUGUCAAUGUAUAGAAGAGUCAGUGAACCACACGAACUGCCUCAGAGCGAUAGGUAUAACAGACACCAGUAUAGAGGACCCAUGGAACGCCAAAGCAGCAUGCAAGUGUCUGAAUCCCAAUUCCUCAAAAGAAAUGGCAGGUAUGAAGAUGAACACCCUUCAUAUCAAGAAGUGAAAGCCCAAUCUGGAAGUUUUCCAGUUAAAAACCUUACUCAAAGGAGGCCAUUGUCUGCAAGAAGCUACAGUACAGAGAGUUAUGGUACCUCCCAAACCAGGCCAGUUUCAGCUAGGCCUACAAUGGCAGCUCUGUUGGAAAAGAUACCAUCAGACUAUAACUUGGGUAACUAUGGUGACAAGCCGUCAGAUAACACUGAUUUAAAGACAAGGCCUACCCCUGUGAAGGGAAAUGAGAGCUGUGGUAAAAUGCCCGCUGACUGGAGACAACAGCUACUUAGACAUAUAGAAGCUAGAAGGUUAGACAGGACUGCUGCUUAUAAGCACAACACUGUUAACCUUGGCAUGCUGCGCUCUGGAGGUUUGUCAGCAAUGCAUGCGGGCAGAAGCAUGACAUUAAACUUGCAGACUAAAUCUAAAUUUGAAAACCAAAUGCAUCAAGAGCUACCUCUACCGAAAACCCCAUCACAACAGAGCAGCAUUCUAGACAAUGGACAGGAAGAUGUUUCUGCUGGCGGCCAAUGGAAUCCAUAUCCCCUUGGAAGGCGAGAUGUGCCACCAGAAACUGUUGCUAAAAAGGCAGGUAGCCAUAUCCAGACGCUGAUGGGAUCGCAAAGUCUACAACAUCGAAGCCGAGAGCAGCCAUAUGAGAGCAACAUGAAUAAAGUGACCAUCCAGCAGUAUCAGCCACCACUGCCGAUCCAGAUCCCUUCUCAGAGCACUCGGGCACCACAAGCAGGGAGAUGUGUCAUUCAAACUAAAGGGCAGAGGAGUAUGGAUGGUUAUCCAGAACAGUUUUGUGUGAGGAUAGAAAAGAAUCCAGGCCUUGGAUUUAGUAUCAGUGGAGGAAUAAGUGGACAAGGAAAUCCAUUCAAACCUUCUGACAAGGGUAUCUUUGUUACUAGGGUUCAGCCUGAUGGACCAGCAUCCAACCUGCUCCAGCCUGGUGAUAAGAUUAUUCAAAUUUCAGAACCUGGUUAUUACCCUGACUACUGGCCAACAAACCUGGGGUGGUUUCAUGAUGGCACUGAGUACACAUGAAGCACUGGAUAUCUCUUAAACCCAGUUUCAAAAUCCAGGGUCUUGCUCCCUGAACAAAACAAUGCCUCACUCAAUCUGCUAUAAUGCAUCAUCAAACGUCUGAGUUAAGGAACUUGAGAUAUAAAUAUAUAUUGUUUGCCUGCCUCAUGUAUUGAUAUAGAUCAUCAGCAAAGAACUUUUUUUCAUCACAGGACUACCUUCUGAUUUUUUUUUUAAUGACAAAUAUGUCAAUAACUCCCACGAUAUAAAGUAAUUGAAGCUGUUUCAAGUAAACCCAUAUCUCAAGGCCAAACCAUAGGAAAAUGGAACAUGUAUUCCCAACCCCAGAAGUCCAGCAUGCAGUCCUUAUGAAAGGCAACUACUCUUUAGGUUUAUGUUGGAAAGGAAUCAUAUAUGAUCUGUUGGUUCAUUAUCAGAGCUCUGUUUAAAUUACCAUCUUUCACUACAGUGGAAAAAUAAUACUUUUGACAUCAAAUACUGCUAUCAAUAUCCACGGCAUACAUUGGUAUCUGUAAGGAAACAACCUUGUGAGCUUAAAGUGUAAUGGUGCCCCUUCAAGGUGGAACCAAGUAGGCUAGGAUGCACUGACUACACCUCACCUUUGAAAGUUGAAUGGGUCUAUGUUUCACUGUAAUUCUAAUUUGGAUUUCUAUGCUUUCGAUAGAAUUAUAAUUUAUGUGCCCUUUAAUUCUGCCCUAAAUAAUCCAUUUGAUUUAGGAUUCCUUUUUGUUUUUCUGCCCCAGUUUGUGCCACCACCUUAUAGCAUGUGCUAUUAUACCAGUGAAUCCUUAAGAACUCAUGUUCAUAUACUUUUUGUAGCCAACUGCAUCUAAUUAUCAGGUAAAGGUUGUAAAAGGAGGAAGGCUGAAAGCUUGCUUAUAAGGUAAAUCACUCCUGCCGACGUACCAUGUGUCAGAUGAUCCAUGCUGCAUGUUUAGGAAUCAUGUUCUGAUCUUUUGAUGUACCCCUUGGAUAAAAAAACAUGUUACUGGCCCUUUGCACUGCGUCAUGUUCAGGUAAAUAGAACCAAAAAUAAUAAUGGGUUCACUCAUUUUCAGUCAGCAAUCCAUCUGAAAUCCUCCCCCCGCCCCUAAGACCAGUAGGAUUACUCUGGAGGUAACUGGAUGGAGAAAUGUGCCCUGUUAAGAGUUUUUCAGUCCUUCAGUUGGAAGCCAAAAUUAGGCCAUCAGGAUACGAGAAAGGGACAUGCAGACAGAUGUUUUGCACUUAAGGCCAUUUACUGCAACAUGACAGACUAUCAGCCUUUACAGAAAACAAACCUAAAAUCUAAAUGGAGUCCAGCUUCAGGCUGGCUCUCAGAAAAUAUUCCUCUGAGGUUUUGCACACUAAAUCCAAGGCUUUGUUGAAUGUCUUUUAUCUGUCUGGAAUUUGUACUCUUUCUCUUAAAUUAUUUUCCUGCUAUUUGUUAAAACAUUUAAAUUAAUAAAAGAAUUUUCUCUUUA